AUGGCCUAUGACUGCAAUGUUACUAUCUGCCAUUCUCUGCUCUACAAUCAGGUGAUGACCAACCAACUGUGUGUGGGACUGGUGUUGGCCUCGUGGGGUUUGGGCUUUCUGCAUGCUCUCAUUGAUAUAUUUGGAGCUGUCAAAUUAGAGUUCUGUGAGGCCUAAACUACCCACUUCAGUUGUGAGCUGCCCUCCCUCCUCCCUCUGGCUUGCCUUGGUGUCUCCACCAAUCUCACUGUCCUGGUCUGGUCUUAUGUCAUACAUGGCCUUAGGACUAUCCUCCUCCUCAUCUUCUCCUACACCUGCAUUGUGUCCACCUUCCUGAGCAUCAACCCCAGCACAGGCAGAAGCAAGGCCUUCUCCACCUGUUCCUCUCUUCUCACUGUAGUGAUCUCGUAUUUCUGCUCAGGAGGCUUACGCUAUCUCAUGCCAACCUCAGGUUCCCCCUUGGAGUUGAUCUUCUUUUUGCAGUUCACCGUGAUCACUCCUCACCAAUAG